GUGAUAUCUGGUUAUACACCGCCAAAGCUGUAAAUUAUCUCAGCAAGGAAACCAAAAACAAGUUUUUCUUUUAUGUAGCCGAAACUUCAUUCGUUUUAUUUGCCGUUACUUUCUUAUUAUCAAGAUUAAUAUUUUUCCCAUUCGCUUUAAUUAGAUCAUCAUUAUUUGAAGCAUUCCAUAUUUCAGUAGAUUUCCCAUUAUUUUAUCCAGCUAACAUUGCAUUAUUAACAUUGGUUGGUUUACAUAUGUUUUGGUUUUUCUUAAUUAUUAGAAUUGUUUAUGCUAAAUUAUUCAAAUCUCAAGAUUUUGAUGAUAUUAGAAGUGAUAGUGAUGAAGAAGACGAUUGUAAAGAACAAAUCGAUGCUAUUAUUAAGAAGGGUUUAGAAGUCGAACAUAAAAAUAUUCGUAACAGAAACCAACAAAAUGUUAAACAACAACCACCACAACAACAACAACAAUUAAAAAAGAAAACUCCACCACAAUCCCCAAAUCCUCAACAAAAAAAGAAAAAUUAA